AUGGUAGUGUCUGGCCUCCCUCGAAGAAAUGGAAUAAGGCACGCCAGCGAGGUGGCGCGAAUGUCUCUGGCACUGUUAACGGCGGUGAAUUCAUUUACCAUUGCGCACAGACCUGGCGAACAGCUGAAGCUCCGCAUUGGCAUUCAUUCUGGACCAGUAUGUGCCGGAGUGGUGGGUGUCAAGAUGCCACGUUACUGUUUGUUCGGCGACACCGUUAAUACAGCCACCCUAAGGAUCCAUGUCAGCGCGAAGACGAAAGAGCUGUUGGACCAACUGGGCAGUUUCAAGCUGUCCCUUCGGGGUCAAGUUGAAAUGAAGGGUAAAGGCUUGCAAACCACAUAUUGGCUUACUGCAGAAGAAUAA